GUCAUCCGUUAUAUUCAUCAAUGAUACCACGGCAAGUGUUUUGCAGUCACGGGAGGUGUUUCGAUGUAUUUAUCAAAGCUUCCGAGAAAAACCGAUAAAUUUAAUUAAUUGAUUAUUACACUAAUAUAAAUGUAAUUUUACUAGUAAUCGUGUUGCAUUAUCAAAGACGUAAAUAGUAGGUGAAGCUAUUGUUUAUUUGAUCACGCACGGUUCGUAUACGAGCUGUCAAUAUGCCAAUUUUAUACAGUGUGGUGGCUCGUGGAACAAUUAUACUAGCAAAGCAUGCUGCGUGUGUCGGAAACUUCGAGGAAGUAACAGCAAAAAUCCUGGCAAAGAUACCACCAGACAAUGACAAACUCACAUACUCACAAGGGCCUUAUCUGUUUCAUUACAUCUGCGAGGAUCACAUUAUUUAUAUGUGUAUUACCGACGAUGAUUUUCAAAGGUCUAGGGCAUUUUUAUAUCUCAAUGAAAUUAAAAGGCGAUUCUUGGCUGUUUAUGGACCAGGUGCUCAAACUGCCGUGGCAUAUGCCAUGAACACAGAAUUUGGUCGUGUUUUAGCCAACGAAAUGAAACAUUACAGCGAAUCCAAAGAUCUUGAUAGAUUGUCCAAAGUUCAUGGUGAAUUAGACGAACUUAAGGACAUCAUGGUACAAAAUAUUGAUAACAUAGCCAUGCGUGGGGAACGGCUAGAAUUACUCAUAAACAAAACGGAAAAUUUGUCUGUUAAUUCUGUCACGUUCAGGAAAACUAGCAGAAAUUUAGCACGGUCUUUAUUUUGGAAGAAUGUUAAAAUUUAUGUUAUUGUUGGUGCCAUUUUGAUCGCUGGAAUUUACGUGAUCGUCUCCAUAGCAUGUGGGGGUCUGGCUUGGCAAAAAUGUGUUGGAAAUUAAUUCUCACGUAUAUUCGGAAAGUACGUAACGUUUGUUUUUAAUAAACUUUAAAGAUUUAUCGUGUCGUAUUGACUCACAUCAUUUAGCUCCUAUAAAAUGCUCAUACAUGGUGCUGUUCGAUGUUUUUAGUAUUCGCGCGAUGUUUCAUGUACAUGUUUCGAACAUGUUGUCAUUUACGGUAAUAUCACCGAUUGGAAAACGUUACGAACUUUCCAAAGAAACCAGUACAAUAUACUAACAUUUAUAUACACAUAUACAUAUAUACAUACAUAGUAUAUGAUAAAAUCCAAAUGUCGAGUGAUCGCGGAUCAUAGAGAGAGAAAAAGAGAGAGAGAAAGAGAGAAAUGCAAAACCAAGUACGAGACUGAUGAAGAUCUUCGAGGUUACACAGGCAUCCUUACAUUGUUACAAUUUAGUUUUUUAUAUAAUGUGAGAACCAACAUAUAGGCUACGUUUAUCAGUGAUACUUACAUUACGAUCAUUUUAUAAGAAAUGUAACAUAGAUAUUUUCACUCUGUAGAUUAAGAUACUUGUACAUCUCGAUUUUAAUUUUUUUUCACUAAACUACGCAGCACGUGUUCUAUUUUGUCAAAAAGCAAAAAUAAAAACUGUUUUAUUGUUCA